UUUGUGUAUCUAAGCAAAACAACCUAAGGGACACCGAAAAUAUCAGAAUUUCGGCCUCAAAUGGAUCGUUAUAGGAAAAAGGCAUAACAUGGAUACAAAGACCUAUACACAUUGGAUGUAACCAAACAAAAAAUAAGUCAAUCAUCCUUAUAAUUAGUGAGAAAACGUACUUUAAAGAUGGCUGAGCUAAAGCCAGUUGAAAGUAAGAGUGGUACCAAAGUCAGGGGCAUUGGCCCUGAUGGGCUGCCAAGACUCCCUCCCAUUGUGACCCCUGAGAAGAAGGAAGACAAGUUUGUCAACAGCAAACUCAUGAACUUUAGGAUGUCUUCACACAGACAAGGAUUGCUGAAGAAAAUUAUGUUGGAAAAUGCCAUGAAAGUUUAUGCACAAUCUGUUGAGGAGAGCCGCAAAGAGGAACCGGUGGAAAAAGAGGAUACUUCUCCAGAAUAUCCAGAACAGAUGAUGAGCAAGGACAGGAGGAUUAGGCUCAAUUAUCAGUUCAUGAAAACGUGCGUGGAGAGUGCGCCGGUCACCGAAAUUCAACAAGAGUGGUUUGACAACAUCCUACAGAUGAUACCCGACCGUUUGAAGUCCGACGCCCAGAUGAAGGAGGUCAUCGCAGAACUCUUUGAGGAAAUCAGUGUCAACUUUAACCAGAGUAUGAAAAAGUCAAUGGUCCAACAUGCCCUUGUGAAACCAGAUGUACGAGGACUAGAGGAGGAUGAUUCUGGACCACCUCCAGAAGAACCAUGGACAUCGUUUGAAAAGCUGGAGAGAGGUGUAUCUAUCCUAUCAGCAAGUGGUUUGGAUUUCUCUAGUCCUUGGCACGAGGACUAUCUCAACAAUCGGCAUUUCAUCCGAGAUAAUCUCCACACUCUUCACCCAGCCAUGCAGAUCGUCCUGAACAUGUGCCAGGAAACUCUUGGCAAUUACCUGAUGGUCGAUUGUUCCACAUUCAGAUCCCAGGGUGCUAUCGAGUUUGAGAGCCUGCGCAACAAUGUCAUCUUAGAUUGUGAAAAGAUGGAGGAGAAACUCAUGAGCACGUGGUUCCCGAAAGUCAUCAAUGUGUUCGCUGAAAAAAACACAUUUGGGACCCUCAAGGCAGAUAAAAUGGAUUCGUUCUACAGCUGUGUGACGACCCUCAUAUCAAACCAGCUGAAAGGCCUUCUAGUCCGCACCAUGGAGAGCUGGGUGAACCUGUUCGAUGAGAAAAACAAGGACAACCUCCCUAUCCUGAAGAUGGAACUCACCUUUGAUGACCGAAGGAUGCAGUUUUACCCUCCCUAUGAAGACUUGGAGGAAGUCGUACUAUUCGUCGUGAAUCAGGUCACGAAGUCGAUGCAGGCAGUGCCUACAGUUCAGUCUUGGCUGGCUGGCGGGAAUACCACCGUCAACACUGAUGUGAACGUAGCCCAGCAUAUCGUUGAUGCCGCCACAUUCAAAUUGAAAGAAGCCUGUCAGAGAAAUUUUGAAGAACCCCAACUGCACUUGCAGUCAUUCAUGGACAGAUAUGACUACAUUGUAAACGGAAAGGCAAAGUCCGAAAUUGAGGCUUUCAUGGAAGCAGAGCACACUUUUGAUGAGUACUGUGAGUACAUUGAGAAGUUCCGUGCUCUUGCCAAGGAGAUUCUCAGCUUACCAAGCAUUGAACAUUACGACAUGAUCCGACUCGACUGUGAGGAUCUGAAGCGAGGUCUUGCUGAGGCAUCCAGGGGUCUGGCUGAACUCUUGUUGAACCGAGUGGCUUCUGACCACAGGAAUGAAAACAAAAGUAUUUGCCAUGAGUUCCACAACAUCAAGGAACGUGCAUUGAAGACGCCUGAAACCAGUGAAGAACUGAUGGAGAUGACGGCGUUCGUCGAGCACUCCAGGAGUACUGGAAUGAUCAAACUGAAUGAGAGGAUUAGUGAGUCCCAGAAACGCCUCCAAUAUCUCCUGGAUGUAUACUUCUUCUCUGAUGAAGACAUUGGACUGAACUCAGAAGUUAUGACUUGGCCGCAGAAUAUCAAUCCUGUGUUCGAUUUGAAUGAUGAGCUUGUUGAGAGUUCCAAACAGAAGGGUGAGCGUGACAUGUUGGAGCGCAAGGAGAAGGUGAUGCUGGAGUUGAACAAGCUGGUCGAGAGGGUGGACGAGUUCAACGACUAUGGUGAGCUCGACAUGAUGACGCAAUACGUCCAGGAUGUCAAGCAGGUACAGAAGAGGCUACAGGACGCACAGGAGAGCAUUAGUUGGAUCAACAAGGAGGAAGUGCUAUAUAAGUACCCGAUCGGUAACUUCCCAGAGGUUGAACAAAUCACUUCAGCAGUGGAACCAUUCCAGCGACUCUUCCUUGUUGUUGUCAAGUGGCAAAAAGCGGAGAAAAAAUGGAUGGACGGCGCUUUCCUUGGAUUAGAUUCUCAGGCCAUUGAGGCAGAAGUUGAUGAAUACUGGCGAGAAUUGUACAAAAUUCAGAAAAUCUUUAACAACAAGUUCAAGAAACUGAUGUUGGAGAAAGAAGAGAAGGACAGGGAAAAGAAGAAGAAGCGGCGUCAGAUGGAAGAUGCGGGGGAAGAGGUUGGCAAGGACGAGGAUGAUGUGAUCCAGACUCCAGCAUCACUCACUGUCUGUAACCAGGUCCAGGAUGGUAUCAAGGAUUUCAAGGAAUUCAUCCCUGUGAUUGGGACCAUGUGUAACCCUGGGAUGCGGACUCGUCACUGGUCGAAGAUGUCUGACAUUGCUGGAUUUGACCUCACUCCAGACAGCGGGAGCACACUCAGAAAAGUGCUCAAGCUCAACCUUGAUCCAUUCAUGGAACAGUUUGAUAGCAUCAGUGCAGCAGCGUCCAAGGAAUUCUCCCUUGAGAAGGCCAUGAAUAAGAUGAUGGAAGACUGGGAACAGAUCAUCUUCAACACAAUCAUGUACAGAGAUACGGGAGUCUCCAUCCUGGCUUCCGUGGACGAUGUCCAGACAACACUCGAUGAUCAGAUUGUCAAGACGCAGACGAUGAGAGGCUCGCCAUUCAUCAAACCAUUUGAAAAAGAAAUCAAGGAAUGGGAAGAGCGUUUGCUCCGCAUUCAGGACACUAUCGACGAGUGGCUGAAGGUGCAAGCCCAGUGGCUCUACCUUGAGCCCAUCUUCUCCUCGGAGGACAUCAUGCAACAGAUGCCAGAGGAGGGACGCCUCUUCAUGACAGUCGAUAGAAACUGGAAGGACAUCAUGAAGCAUGUUGUCAAGGAUCCGAAGGUCCUGGUCGCCACCAACCUGCCAGGGUUGUAUGAGAAGCUUCUGGACAGUAACGGACUCCUGGACAAAAUCAACAAGGGGCUCAAUGCGUACUUGGAGAAGAAACGUCUCUUCUUCCCAAGAUUCUUCUUCUUAUCCAACGAUGAAAUGUUGGAGAUUCUCUCGGAGACCAAAGACCCGACUAGAGUUCAGCCACAUUUGAAAAAAUGCUUUGAGGGUAUCGCGAAACUUGAAUUUGAUUCCAAGCUUGACAUCCAUGCUAUGUUCAGCAGUGAAGGAGAGAAAGUUGAGAUGAGCCAGGUGAUCUCCACGUCGGAGGCGAGAGGGGCUGUGGAGAAGUGGCUGCUGCAGGUCCAAGAUAUCAUGUUGAUGUCUGUCCGAGAUGUUGUCGAGAAAUCACGAGACGCAUACGCAAUGGAAGCAAGAGAGGUGUGGGUACGAGAUUGGCCUGGCCAGGUUGUACUCUGCGUGUCACAGAUGUACUGGACGGAGGAAAUCCAUGAGGCCAUUCGGAUAGGUGGUGCCCAAGGUCUGAAGGAUUACUACACCAAACUGAAUGAUCAACUCAUGGACAUUGUUGCACUUGUUAGAGGCAAGCUGACGAAACAGCAGCGUAUCACCCUUGGAGCAUUGGUGGUAAUUGAUGUCCACUCGCGAGAUGUUACUCUGGAUAUGGCCGACAAGGGCGUAUCAAGUGAGAACGAUUUCCAGUGGUUGGCCCAGCUGCGAUAUUAUUGGGAAGACGCUACUUGCAGAGUGAGGCUGACCAAUGCGACCGUCAAAUACGCAUACGAAUAUCUGGGUAACACCCCACGCCUUGUCAUCACUCCACUGACUGAUCGUUGCUACCGUACCCUGAUUGGUGCCUUCCAUUUGAAUCUGAACGGUGCCCCUGAAGGUCCUGCUGGAACUGGCAAGACCGAGACAACCAAGGAUUUGGCCAAAGCACUGGCUGUUCAGUGUGUGGUCUUCAACUGCUCUGAUGGUCUGGAUUACAUUGCUAUGGGAAAGUUCUUCAAAGGUUUAGCCUCUGCUGGUGCCUGGGCCUGCUUUGACGAGUUCAACCGUAUUGAGUUGGAAGUGUUGUCAGUGGUCGCACAGCAGAUUCUCUGCAUUAUCCGAGCUGUUCAGGGCAAGGUUGAGUACUUCGAUUUUGAGGGAACGCAACUGAAACUGAACGACAACUGCUACGUUUGCAUCACAAUGAACCCUGGUUACGCUGGACGAUCAGAACUCCCUGAUAACUUGAAGGUUCUCUUCCGUACAGUCGCCAUGAUGGUGCCGGACUACGCCAUGAUUGGCGAGAUCUCGCUCUACUCCUUUGGUUUCACCGACGCCAGGAACUUGGCUGUGAAAAUCGUCACGACCUACCGUCUUUGCUCAGAGCAGCUGUCGUCGCAGUUUCACUACGAUUAUGGAAUGAGGGCCGUGAAAGCUGUCCUGUCUGCAGCCGGAAAUCUGAAAUUGAAAUUCCCUGAUGAUGAUGAAAAUAUUCUGCUGUUGCGCUCCAUCAUGGAUGUCAACUUGCCGAAGUUUUUGUCGCACGACAUCCCGCUGUUCCAGGGCAUCAUCUCCGAUCUGUUCCCCGGCAUCGACCUCCCGGAGGCUGACUACAAGGUCUUCUUGGAUGCAGUCAAGAGGAUUAUUGAGAAACACAAUCUCCAAGCUGUUGAUUUCUUCCUGGAGAAAGUCAUUCAGACGUAUGAGAUGUUGAUAGUCCGUCACGGCUUCAUGUUGGUGGGAGAGCCAUUCGGUAGCAAGACGAGCGUGAUCCACGUCCUGGCCGAGGCCAUGACCUUGCUGAAUGAGGAAGGUCAUGAUGAAGAAUAUGAGAAGGUCUUGUACAAGACGAUCAACCCGAAGGCCAUCACAAUGGGACAACUGUUUGGUCAGUUUGACCCUGUCUCCCAUGAGUGGACUGAUGGUAUCGUGGCCAACACUUUCCGUGAGAUGGCCUCAAACGACACUCCUGACAGAAAAUGGGUAAUUUUUGACGGGCCAAUCGACACCCUCUGGAUCGAGAGCAUGAACACUGUCUUGGACGACAACAAGAAAUUGUGUCUGAUGAGCGGUGAGAUCAUCCAGAUGUCGAAUGUCAUGAGUUUGCUGUUCGAGACCAUGGAUCUCUCACAAGCUUCGCCUGCCACUGUCAGCAGAUGUGGUAUGAUCUACUUGGAGCCUACCACGCUCGGCUGGCGACCAAUCCUCAAAUCAUGGCUGGCGACGCUCCCUGAAAUCCUCCUGAAGGAAACUGAUGACCUUAUCCCGGAACUGUUCGAGUGGAUUGUUGAUCCAGCCCUUGAUUUCGUCCGCAAGAACUGCAAGGAAUAUGUACCGUACAGUCUGACAAACUUGGUGACAUCACUGAUGAAGCUAGUUGAGAUGCAGAUGAGGGAUGCAUGUGCUGCUGAAGAUGCCAAAGAGAAUAGACAUCUAAGAACAUGGGCAAUGAGUGCGUUCUUCUUUGCUGUGCCAUGGUCCAUUGGUGCACUGAUUGACAGUGAUGGACGAGCCAAGUUUGAUCAGUUCUUGAAGGAGAUUCUGUCAUUGAAGUCAGAGAAGUUCCCUCCACCAAAGGCCCUCGGCAAGAUUGAAGUGCCGUUGCCGGAGACCGGGAUGUUGUAUGACUAUGUGUAUGAGCAAAAGGCGCGUGGUCUGUGGAAACACUGGAACGACACUAUCCGGGGACAGGACCGAUUCGCCGUUGGGGUCAAGAUUCGAGAUAUCCUUGUCCCAACCAUGGACACUGCUCGCUACACGCACUUGAUGGAGCUGUGUACUGAGAAGAACUACCCACUGCUGUUCGUUGGCCCCACUGGAACUGGCAAGAGUGCCUACGUCCAAGACAAGAUGAUGCACCAUCUAUCCAAGGAGAAAUACUUGCCCGCAUUUGUGAACUUCUCUGCUCAAACUAGCGCCAAUCAGACACAGUUUAUCAUCAUGUCAAAGUUGGAUAAGAGGAGGAAGGGUGUCUAUGGUCCACAGAUGGGCAAGAAAGCUGUCAUCUUCGUUGAUGACAUGAACAUGCCUGCCCGAGAAAUCUAUGGUGCGCAACCCCCCAUUGAAUUGCUGCGACAAUACUUCGAUCAUGGGAACUGGUAUGAUCUGAAGGACACCUCUAAGAUCACCCUUCAAGACAUCCAAAUACUGGCAGCCAUGGGUCCCCCUGGUGGUGGACGUAAUCACGUGACACCACGAUUCCUCAGACAUUUCAACAUCAUCGGCAUCACACCAUUCAACGAUGAAACAAUGACCAAGAUCUUCAGUACUCUUAUGACAACAUAUUUCAAGAGUGAGGAAUUUUCUCCAGAUUUUUACACAGUGGGCACCCAGAUUGUCCAGGCUACAUUAGAUGUCUACAAGAAGUCUAUGGAGACGCUCCUCCCCACACCUGCCAAGUCGCAUUACGUCUUCAACUUGCGUGAUUUCUCCCGCGUGAUCCUUGGCUGUUGCCUGAUCAAGAAAGCCCAGGUGGAGACGAAGAAAGUCUUCUCGAGACUGUGGGUGCAUGAGGUGAUGCGAGUAUUCUAUGAUCGUCUCAUCGAUGAUAAAGACCAGGAGUGGCUUUUCAAGUUGAUCAAAGAAUGUGUGAAGGAACACUUCAAGGACGGCUUUGAUGGCCUCUUCGAACAUCUUGCCCCUGAAGGCUCGGGAAAGGUGAGGGUUGAGGACAUGCGCAGUUUGAUGUUUGGCGACUACAUGAACCCUGAUCUUGAACCCGAGGAGAGAGUGUAUGAAGAAAUCAUGAACCUUGAUGACCUGUACAGUGUCGUCGAGGCGUGUUUGGAAGAGUACAACCAGACGCACAAGAACAGAAUGAACCUGGUCAUCUUCAGAUACGUAUUGGAGCACUUGUCUCGUAUCUGUCGUGUCCUGAGGACUCCGUCUGGCAGCGCCCUCCUCGUCGGUGUGGGUGGCAGUGGUCGCCAGUCCCUGACAAGACUCGCCACAGCUAUGGCUGGCCAUGGAAUCUUCCAACCUGAAAUUUCAAAAAGUUAUGGCAAGAAUGAAUGGAGAGAGGAUUUGAAAACUUUAAUGAAGAAGUGUGGAGCCGAGGGUAAAACAACCGUCUUCCUAAUCACAGAUACCCAGAUCAAGGAGGAGUCGUUCCUUGAAGAUAUCGACAACUUACUCAACACCGGUGAAAUACCCAACCUGUUCGCUGUGGAUGAGAAAGCUGAAAUUAUGGAGGCUGUCCGACCAGCUGCCCAAGCAGGGGACAAGAACGCCGACUUCAGCCCACUGGCAUUGUUUGCAUUCUUCAUCAAUAGGUGUCGUGAGAAUCUUCAUCUGAUCAUCGCCUUCAGUCCCAUCGGCGAUGCUUUUAGAAAUCGUCUUCGACAGUUCCCGUCUCUGAUUAAUUGUUGCACAAUUGAUUGGUUCCAGGCUUGGCCAGAGGAUGCUUUGGAGAGAGUGGCGAAUAAGUUCUUGGAGAAUGUCGACAUGGAGGAUGACAUGAGACACGAGACUGUACACAUCUGUCAAUACUUCCACACCAGUGCCAGGAUUCUGUCUGAAAAGUAUCUUGAAAAACUCGGCCGACAUAACUAUGUUACUCCCACAUCUUACUUGGAAUUGAUCAAUGCCUUCAAGACCUUGCUGACAAAGAAACAGGACGAGACAAUGAAGGCCAAGAGACGUUACGUGGUUGGUUUAGAGAAACUCGCUUUCUCCGCUGAGCAGGUCGCGAUUAUGCAAACUGAACUUGAGGAGCUGCAACCACAGCUUGUGAAGACGUCUGCUGAAAAUGAAAAGAUGAUGAUCGUGAUUGAAAAAGAAUCUGUUGAAGUUGAGGAGGUCAGCAAGCGUGUCCGCGCUGAUGAGGAGAUUGCUAACGAGCAGGCAGCUGCGGCCAAGGCUUUGAAGGAUGAUUGCGAGGCUGAUUUGGCUGAGGCCAUUCCGGCGCUAGAGGCAGCCCUGGCUGCUUUGAAUACAUUAAAACCAGCAGAUAUUACCAUUGUGAAGUCCAUGAAGAAUCCACCGUCUGGUGUGAAACUCGUCAUGUCGGCUGUUUGCGUCAUGAAGGAUAUUAAACCGGACAAGAUCAAUGAUCCCGCAGGAACUGGAGGCAAGAUCCUUGACUACUGGGGCCCGUCCAAGAAGCUCCUCGGUGACAUGACCUUCCUGCAGAUGUUGAAGGACUAUGACAAGGACAAUAUUCCAGUUCCAGUUAUGCAGAAAAUCCGCAAAGAGUAUAUUCCCAAUCCGGACUUUGACCCUCCCAAGGUCGCAAAAGCAUCGUCUGCUGCUGAAGGUCUCUGCAAAUGGAUCUUGGCAAUGGAAAUAUACGAUCGUGUUGCAAAGGUCGUAGCGCCCAAGAAGGCCAAACUCGCUGAGGCAGAAACAGAGUUAGCAACAACCAUGGCUACCCUGAAUCAGAAACGCGCUGAGCUCAAAGCUGUUGAAGACAGGCUGGCAAGUCUGAAGCAGUCAUUCAAGGAGGCCACAGACAAGAAAGAACAGCUUGAAUUCCAGGUUGACCUCUGCGCCAAGAAGCUUGUCCGUGCGGAGAAGUUGAUCGGCGGUCUGGGUGGUGAGAAGGAACGUUGGACGAAGGCUGCGAUUGACCUGCAGAACAUUUAUGACAAUCUUGCCGGAGACGUGUUGAUUUCUGCCGGAGUGAUUGCAUACCUUGGACCAUUUACAUCUGCAUUCCGUGAGGAGUGUACGCGAGACUGGGCAAAGAUGUGCUUGUCUAAGAAAAUCCCCUGCUCCCAGGAUUUCUCGCUGAGCAAGGUUCUUGGUGAACCUAUCAAGAUUCAAGCCUGGAACAUCUUUGGAUUGCCACGGGACAGCUUUUCAAUUGACAAUGGUGUCAUUGUCGCCAAUUCAAGAAGAUGGCCGUUGAUGAUUGACCCUCAAGGCCAAGCAAACAAAUGGGUCAAAAACAUGGAAAAGGAGUUCCAGCUCUCCGUAAUCAAGUUGACAGACUCUGACUACAUGCGGACCAUGGAGAACUGUGUCUCGUUUGGUAACCCCAUCAUCCUGGAGAAUGUUGGAGAAGAACUGGAUCCAUCCCUUGAACCAUUACUGCUGAAGCAGACGUUCAAACAAGGUGGCAUCGACAUGAUCCGUCUGGGAGAGAACGUGAUUGAAUACAGUCAAGAUUUCCGUUUCUACAUCACGACGAAGCUGCGUAAUCCUCACUAUCUACCCGAGAUUGCCACAAAGGUGUCGCUACUGAAUUUCAUGAUUACGCCCGAGGGUUUGGAGGACCAGUUGCUGGGUAUCGUGGUUGCAAAGGAAAAGCCUGAGCUCGAGGAAGAGCGUCAAGCUAUGAUCAUCCAGAGUGCAGCGAACAGGAAACAACUGAAGGAGAUUGAGGAUAAGAUCCUAUUCACGUUGUCGGCAUCUGAGGGCAACAUUCUAGAGGAUGAGUCGGCCAUCCAGAUCCUUGAUCACUCCAAGGUCCUCUCCGAUGAAAUCUCAAAGAAGCAAAAGAUUGCUGAUGAAACAGAGAAGAAGAUUGAUGUGUCCCGCAUGGGAUAUCGACCGAUCGCUAAACACUCGUCAAUUCUGUUCUUCUCUAUUGCCGAUCUGCCAAACAUCGACCCUAUGUACCAAUACUCAUUGACCUGGUUUGUCAAUUUGUAUAUCAACUCCAUUCAAGACAGCAAUAAGUCCAAAAUUCUGGACAAGAGACUGCGCUACUUGAAAGAUCACUUCCAAUACAAUCUCUAUGAAAAUGUUUGUCGAUCUUUGUUUGCGAAGGACAAACUGUUGUUCUCGUUCCUAUUGUGUGCAAACAUUUUCUUAGCCAAAGGUGAACUGAAUCAAGAUGAGUACCUGUUCUUCUUGACAGGGGGCAUAGGUCUUGAAAACAAAAUUCCCAACCCAGAUUCCUCCUGGCUCUCUGACAAGAGUUGGGAUGAGAUCUGCAGGAUGAAUGACAUGUCCAUCUACAAGGGAUUCAGGGAUCACUUCGUAGCUAACAUCAAAGAAUGGAGGAAGAUGUACGACAGCAAGGAUCCUCACGAGUAUGAGCUACCAGGACAGUGGCAGACGAAACUCAACGAUUUCCAGCGAAUGAUCGUGCUCCGCUGCAUCCGCCCAGACAAGGUCAUCCCGGCCAUCACCAACUUCGUCCAGGAGAAACUUGGGAAGAAAUUUGUGGAGCCGCCGCCAUUUGAUCUGGCAAGGAGUUACCUUGACUCCAAUUGUUGUGCGCCUCUCAUCUUUGUGCUGUCACCUGGAGCAGAUCCGACCAUGGGUCUCCUGAAGUUUGCAGAGGACAAAGGUUUUGGUGGGAACAAGUUCAACUCCAUUUCCCUUGGUCAGGGACAGGGUCCAAUUGCAUCCAAGAUGAUAGCAAAUGCAAAACAAGAAGGUUCAUGGGUACUUCUCCAAAACUGUCACUUGGCUGUCUCAUGGAUGACCCCACUGGAAAAGACCUGCGAGGAAUUCGUCCCCGAGAGUGUCCAUCCAGACUUUAGGCUCUGGCUGACCAGUUAUCCCUCAGAUAAAUUCCCUGUGACUGUGCUGCAGAAUGGUGUCAAGAUGACGAAUGAGCCACCUACUGGUCUGCGUCAGAACUUGCUCCAGUCCUAUUUGAAUGAUCCAAUCAGUGAUGAGGAGUUCUAUUCAGGAUGCGUAGACAAGGAACAGGUUUUCCAAAAGCUGUUGUUUGGCUUGUGUUUCUUCCAUGCUCUGGUCCAGGAGAGGAGAAAGUUUGGACCCCUCGGUUGGAACAUCGCCUAUGGAUUCAAUGAGUCGGAUCUUAGGAUCUCGGUCAGACAACUCCAGAUGUUCAUCAACCAAUACGACGACGUCCCGUACGAAGCUAUUGCCUAUCUGACCGGAGAAUGUAACUACGGUGGCCGUGUCACAGACGAUUGGGAUCGUCGCUAUCUCCUGACUUGCCUGAAUGACUUCUAUACCCCGCUCAUUAUCUCAGAGACCAAAUAUAAAUUCUCGCCAAGCGGAAUAUAUUAUUCACCCCAGAAGGAUACUUAUGAGGAAUAUGUUACAUUCAUCAAGAACUUGCCCAAUCAGCAGAACCCAGAAGUAUUUGGCAUGCAUGAGAAUGUGGACAUCUCUAAGGAGCUGCAGGAGACCAAACUGCUGUUUGAUUCUGUUCUCCUCACUCUUGGCCAGAUGGGUGGCGGAGGUGGGGGCAAGUCAGAUGACACCCUCUAUGACAUCGCCUCAGAUAUUCUGGGCAAGCUGCCCAAAGACUACGACCUGGAGGAAGCCAUCAAGAAGUAUCCUGUUGUCUACAAUGAGAGCAUGAACACUGUCCUGGUGCAAGAGAUGGAGCGCUUCAACAAAUUACUGCAGAUCAUCCGAUCUAGUCUCUUGAAUCUACAGAAGGCCAUCAAAGGUCUCGUGGUCAUGUCUGCGGACCUUGAAGGCCUUGCCACAAGUCUUUUGAUUGGUAAAGUGCCCGCUAUUUGGGCAAAGAGAUCCUACCCAUCACUCAAGCCACUUGGAAGCUACGUAAAUGACUUCUUAGAGAGGCUGAAGUUCUUGCAGAAAUGGUACGACAAUGGCAAGCCCAUAGUGUACUGGGUGUCCGGCUUCUUCUUCACCCAAGCUUUCUUGACCGGUGUGAUGCAGAACUACGCCAGGAAAUACACGAUACCCAUUGAUUUGUUGGGCUUUGACUUUGAGGUGCUAGAUGUUGAAGACAAGGACGAAUUCCCUAGUGAUGGUGCCUACAUUGUUGGCCUGUUUGUGGAUGGCGCCAGGUGGGACAGGAAAACGAACUCCCUUGCUGAACAAUUACCCAAGAUUCUCUACGAUUACUUGCCGAUCAUCUGGCUGAAACCUGCAAAACGAUCAGACAUCGACAUGACAAGAAACCGCUACAAGUGCCCUGUCUACAAGACGAGUGAGCGUAAGGGUGUGCUCUCAACGACUGGACACUCCACAAAUUUCGUCCUAGCUAUCAUGAUUAACAGUGAAAAGCCAGUGCAGCAUUGGAUCAAGAGAGGAACGGCUCUUCUGUGUCAGCUUGAUGACUAAAAGGCUUCUCAAAGUCAAAUUCAGAACUUUUUGGCAGCGGUCUUCCAUCUACUGUGAUAACGUUUCAAACACAAGGAUAUAUUGUGUUAAAAUCCAAUCUUAUCUUGGCUCAUAAUUCAGCACUGCAGGCCUACUUGGCAAGCUGUCUGUUGUACUUUCAGUUAUUAGUUCUAUAGGACCAAAUACUUUACACAGUGAAGGUCUCUCGCUUCUUGUUCUUUGAAAUUGGGACUGAUUGAAAAUAUGCCAUGCAUUAUGCCCUUGUUUAGACAGAAAUGCAAAUGUGUAUCAUUAUUUAAGUGGACUGAACUAGCAGUUCAGUUUGAGUAUACAUGUAGGUACCCAUACAUGUAUUUCCGUCCAAAUUGUUGUAAAAUAUUUUGUAUUGUAUGUUGUUGAUGAUGAUAGUUGUUGUACAUAGACUGAUUUACUUGAUUUUUUUCAUGUUAUAAGAUUAGUUGCUGUCAUUUCAUACUUUUGUGAUAAUUUUGUAAAUUUGUAAAGAUUCCUAUUACACUGACAUUCCAUCUGCUUACAAAACAGAACAUGGCUGAUUUGGAAGAUGCAAACAGUGAUAAUUUAUUGGACAAAGUUAUUUUUACCCCAGCUGUCAUUGGUAUAUUUACAGUUUAUCCGUCCAUGAUGUUUGCAUUGAUACAUAUGGCUACAGUUAACUGCGUACAAGAAAGUCAAUAUUUGAGAAUUGCUUUAUGAUUAAAUUUGUGUUAAUUUGAUCACAAUCCGUCCUGUGCCAAUUAGUCUCGGGAUUAUGCUAGGCUGGCACUUAACCAAUAAAUAAGGAACAUUUGGCCUAAUAAAUUGAUCGUUUUUUCUUUGUACAUAUAUUUAUUUACAUAUUUUUGAUUUGAUUGAGUUAAAUUUUGAGAAUUGGUUUAUUUUCCAAAGCAAGGAAAUGUCACAGUUUGUUUAUAUUUGUAUAUUAAUUCAUGGCAGUCCGUCCAAGGAACCAGUGUGACACUUAUGUAGUUUGAGAACAUACAGAUUUGUCUGUGAUAUCAAAAUAAAUGAGAAUUAUAUUUA